UCGUAUCUCGCAAUUUUCGAGUUUAACAUUUGUUGAAAUCGAGAUAUUCACGUGAUUCACGUUUACUUUAAUAAAUUGAUUGCUUAAUAGAUUUAGUCCGUUGAUAUAUAGAAAGAUUAUUUAUUAUAAAAUGGGAGCAUCAUUGAUUCCAAUAUUAAUUUUUACAAUAUUUUGGGGAGUAAUAGGAAUUGUUUUACCUUUUUUUGUUCCAAAAGGUACUAAUCGUGGGAUUCUUCAGGUUAUGCUUAUGUUGACAGCUUUUACAUGUUGGUUGUUCUGGUUAUGUUGUUAUAUGGCUCAAAUGAAUCCUUUAAUUGGACCAAAACUACCUAGAAAUACAAUUCUUAUGAUGGCACGAGAAUGGAGCCAUGUUCAGUUUGCCGUAACAGAUGAGAUGUAACAGUUGAUCUUCAAUAAUUACAGAAGAAAUUAAUCAUUUAUUAUUGAUGAAUUAUUUUUUUUUAUUAAACUUUGUAAUUAGUGAAAUCGUAUUAUCAUGAUAAAAGUAAACAAUUUAAGUAGUUGUUUAUUAAAAAUUUUAGAAGUAUCAAAUAUUAUUAUUAUUCUAUCUGAUAAAAUA